AUGUCUGAGGUCCCCGCCGACACGGCCGCGUCUACCCCUUCGCCCACGCGGCCGUCAGAGAAGGCGGCCGAUGGGGAGCAGUCUGGCGACGUGCAGGUCAAGCGCGAGGACAGUGGCUCCGCGACGACGUCCGCAGCGCCCAGCAGCUCGGCAGGCCCUACUGCCCCCCCAGCGGCCAACAUCCACAUGCGGUGCUUGAUCGUCACGCAGGACGCCUCGAUCAUCAUCGGCAAGGCUGGCUCGCACGUCAAUGAGAUCCGGGAGAAAAGCGGUGCGCGUGUCAUGGUGUCGGAGAGUAUUCCAGGUAACCCAGAGCGUAUCUUGAACGUGAGCGGACCGCUAGAUGCCGUGUCAAAGGCUUUCGGUCUGAUCGUGCGGAGGAUCAACGACGAGCCCUUCGACAAACCCUCCGUCCCUGGUAGCCGCGCUGUUACUAUCAAGUUCAUGAUCCCUAACUCGCGCAUGGGGUCUGUCAUCGGCAAGGGCGGAACGAAGAUCAAGGAGAUCCAGGAUGCCAGCGGAGCAAGACUUAACGCCAGUGAGGGCAUGCUGCCUGGCUCGACAGAGCGUGUAUUGAGCGUGUCUGGCGUCGCGGAUGCCAUUCACAUAGCAACUUACUACAUUGGCAACAUUCUCAUCGAGGCAAAUGAGCGCAUGCCCUCUUAUAACAACAGUUCUUAUCGGCCGUCAAGCUACUCCCGUCGGCCACCAAACACGGGCUCCUCGUACGUUCCGGGCUACUCAAACCCUUACGCUGGUGGAUCCCAGGGUGCGCCUCAACAACUACAGACACAACAAAUCUAUAUCCCGAACGAUCUUGUUGGCUGCAUUAUUGGCAAGGGCGGCACAAAGAUCAACGAAAUUCGGCAUAUGAGUGCGAGCCAGAUCAAGAUCAUGGAACCGGGAGCGGUUGGUGUGGGCAUGAAUGGCGCUCCAGCUCCCGCCGGCGGGGAGGGCGAGAGGUUGGUCGUGAUCACAGGCCAGCCGGCGAACAUACAGAUGGCGGUACAACUUCUGUACCAUCGGCUGGAACAAGAGAAGCAGAAGCAGUUGCGCGCACAGCAAUCUCCAAUUGCGUAA